AUGGAAGACACAAAGGUUCAAGCCUCUACAAGCAUCAAUAUGGUCACUGCUAUCCUGCUGGGCAAGAGAGGCUAUGAGAAGGCACUGGUUGGGAAUACCAUGCUUGGCCACGUAUGUUUUAAACCACAAAUAUCCAAAUGUCAUCGGGUAGUGUAUCAAGAGGAAGGUCAGAUAUGUGAUGUCAUAAACACUCCAGAUCUCUACCAUGGACCAAAUCCUGACUCUAAAGAAGAAAAUCUACCACAGAUAAAGUUGUCUUACUCGGGGGUACGAGUUUUCCUCCUGAUCCUGCAACAUGAUGACAUCUCUUCAGAAGAAAUUACCAUGUUUAGAAAGCUGAAAGAAACCUAUGGAAGAACAAUAGUGGACAAUGUGAUUGUAGUUCUGGACAUCAGCAAAAGCCAAACAUCACAAUUGGAGAUAGACAAGAACAUUCAAAAGAUUAUUGGCGAAUGUGGUGAGAGAGUUUGUUAUUUUUGGCAGGAAAUGAAGAAGGACAAACUGAACGAACAGCUGCUGUCAAUGUUAAAAAGAAUGUUGCUGAAGAAUGCAAAUGACAGGGUGGGUACAACCUCUGUUGAACCUUGUGACGAAACCUCACAACAUGAAUCAGCUGGUGGAGAAGCAGGUGCGGCUGUUCCUGAAGCGAAAAUGAAAAUGGCAGAUGACAGGAUAAAUAAGAUCACUGGUGACUCGAAAGUGAACCCAGAUGCAGCUGUGGCAGCUGGAGGAAAACAGGUAGAAGACAUGAAUUACAAGGACUCCAGCAGAUUUAAUCCCAAUAUUUUGACAAAAAAGCCUGAAGAUGAGAAGUUCCAGCCUAAACCAACCGGAGAAAAUCAUGCUGCUGUUCUGCCUGAAGAGCAAAAGACGCCACCUGUAACUAAAGAGAGAAAAACACAUCUUAGUGUCCAUGAGAGGCUUGAAAGGUCUAACAAACUUUCUGAAAAAAGGAAUCAAGACAAAAAGGCACAACCUAACCUACCUGGUGAAGAAGCAGGUGUGUCUGUGCCUGAAGUAAAACUACAGGAAAACAAGAUUAGCAAGACCAGCAAUGAAUCUAAAGUAAAACCAAAUGAAGCUGUGCAUGGAGGAAAACAGGAAGCAUACAUGGAAAACAAGCACAUGAGCAGAUAUAAGGGUAAUACUUCGGCAAAAGGGGUCCAGUGUAAACCAACAGAUGAAAUUGCAGGUGCAGCUGCGCCUGACGUGGAGAUGACAAGCAACAGUUUAUAUGAGAGCAUAGAUAAUCCUAAAAACAGCAGUCAAGAGACCACAGGCGUUAGUCAUUACACUGCGAAGACACCCCCGGCUGUACCAAUUGCCAACCCACCAACUAUCAAAGUCCAGCCUCAAUUUAUGACAAACGUUCUGACCAUUGUGCUGUUGGGACAGACAGGUAGUGGGAAAAGUGCAACUGGGAACACCAUCCUAGCCAGGAGCCACUUUGAAUCGCGUGCCAGUUCCGCACCCGUAACCCAGCGGUGUGAGGUAGGGGAGGGAGCAGUGUGCGGGAUAAAGGUCAGGGUCAUCGACACCCCAGAUUUCUUUGACGAGGAGCUGAAGGAUCCAGAGAUUCAUUUGCAGAAAUGCAAAGAUCUCUCUCAGGUUCAGCCUGUUGUGUAUCUGCUGGUUAUGCACAUGGGUCGUUUCACAGAGGGCGAGAGGGAGGCCGUAUCCAACAUGCAGAAAACAUUCGGCGAGAGAGUGGUCGCACAGACGGUCGUUCUGUUUACAGGCAAGGAGAAGCUGAGGGAGAUGAAUUUAUACGAUUACAUCAAAAAUGCCGACCCUGAGCUUCUUCAGAUGGUUCAAACAUUCGGCUUAAGGAUUCAUGCCUUUAACAACAACGAAAAAAAACAUCAACAAGUAAAAGAGCUGGUGAAGAUUUGGAUGAAAAUGCCAAUCGGAGACAGAGUCAAAGAGCAAUACAACAGACACAAGGCUGAACCUAAAGAGUGCAGAGUUCUGUAAACUAAUGGAGGAUGUAUGUAUUGUGUAUUGUUAAUGGCAUUGUUGUAAUAGUACUUUUGUAUUAAUAUACUUCCUAAAUGAGUUUUUAAAUAAAUACUUGGAGAGUUAUUUAAAUGUCACCCCUGUGUUUACUAAGGUGUUCAUAUAUUCAAUCAAUCAAUCAAUCAAUCAAUCAA